CAAGACAAUCCAACAAACAUCUGUCUGUGCUCUCCCCCCUAUACACAACUACACAAGCACAAUUUAGUCCCUAGCCAACUGCGAAUUUUUGUGUCUCGAAUCAAGUUUGGCCAAACCUAAAGCCUAGAGAAGAAGUAAUCACAUUGUGCACUUGUGAACCGAGGCAUCUUUGACGGAUUGCAUUAAGUAGAUGAAGAAGAACAUCAGCUCACCUUUUUUUAAGAAUUUGUUCAAACAAUAUUCGCAGAAACUCCCAAUAUUGUUAUUCUUUAACGUGCCCAAAAAUUCUCAAUAGUACUGUUCCCAAAACACUGAGUUUGAUUCUUGUUGAGCAUCAUUCAUCCUUCAAAUAUUCCAAAACCUGCGCAAAUUUCUACACCCUACGCCCUCAUCUUGUUUGUUCUUGGUUGUCAUGGCGACUGACAUAACGCAUGCAUGCCAUAAAGCUGCCAGUUUCACCCCAUCAAUCAUCUGAUCUCCAUGAAAACCCUGCCGAGCUCUUAUCAUCUGUUCUUGGUGGACUCCGUGAGCUCAAUGGGGGCAAAUGAGUGCCAGGGUUUGGCCUUUGGGGUAUUCUUCUUCUGCUCUUGGGCUGCUGCUGCUGCUGCUCUCUCGGCCAAAGGUGUCAACUUUGAAGUGCAAGCUCUCAUGUUCAUAAAAGAUUCCCUUGAGGAUCCUCACGAAGUUCUUGAGAACUGGGACCUUAACUCUGUUGAUCCAUGCAGCUGGACUAUGAUCAACUGCUCACCUGAGAACCUGGUCAUCGGACUAGGAACACCAGGUCAAAAUCUGUCUGGUACACUGUCUCCAAGCAUAGGAAACUUGACAAAUCUUGAGUUUGUGCUGCUGCAGAACAAUAGCAUCUCAGGAGAGAUACCUGCAGAGAUCGGCAAGCUCUCCAAGCUUCACACGUUGGAUCUCUCCGACAACGACUUUUCCGGUGAAAUCCCUGCUUCAUUGGGUAAUUUGAAAGACCUUAUGUACUUGAGGUUCAACAACAACAGUCUUUCAGGGGCACUUCCUCAAUCUUUGCUCAAUCUCACUCAACUCACAUUCAUGGACUUGUCUUACAACAACUUGAGUGGCCGUGUGCCAAAUUUCCCAGAGAGAGCAUUCAACAUUGUUGGCAAUCCCUUAAUCUGUCCUACUCACCUAGAGCAAAAAUGCUAUUCGACGAUUCCUGUGCCAAGAACCUUUUACACUAAUAUUUCUCAAGGUGUUCCAAUUUCACAAAAACCAAAAAGGCACAAAGUAGUGAUUGUCGUUGCUUCCUGCCUUGGGACCAUUGUCGUUGUUAGCAUCACAUUGGGACUAUUUAUUUGGUGCAGUCGAAAGCUUAAUCGACAAAUGUUCUUGAAUGCAAAUGACCAAGAAAAGGAAGAAGUCUGCCUUGGUAAUUUGAGACGGUUUCACUUAAGGGAACUUCAAGUUGCAACGAACAAUUUCAGCGACAAAAACUUGCUCGGAAAAGGCGGUUUCGGAAACGUCUACAAGGGGCAACUACAAGAUGGGACUUUAGUAGCUGUUAAAAGGUUAAACGAUGGAAAUGCCAUGGGUGGAGAGAUCCAAUUCAGAACUGAAGUUAAAAUGAUAAGCUUGGCUGUGCACCGACACCUUCUUAGGCUGUAUGGAAUAUGCAUGACUGACACCGAAAGGCUUCUGGUUUACCCGUAUAUGUCGAAUGGAAGUGUAGCUUCUCGGCUCAAAGCAAAACCAGCAUUAGAUUGGAGUAUCAGAAAACGAAUAGCUUUGGGUGCUGGAAGAGGCUUACUCUACUUGCAUGAACAAUGUGAUCCCAAGAUCAUUCAUAGAGAUGUCAAGGCUGCUAAUGUAUUGCUCGAUGACUACUGUGAGGCUGUCGUCGGAGACUUUGGACUUGCAAAACUUUUAGAUCACAAGGACACACAUAUAACAACAGCCGUGAGAGGAACGGUGGGGCACAUAGCACCGGAGUAUCUAUCAACAGGCCAGUCUUCUGAGAAAACUGAUGUUUUUGGAUUUGGAAUCCUUCUUCUGGAGCUAAUCACUGGCUCGAGAGCUUUGGGAUUCGGAAAAGCAGUGAAGCCUAAAGGUGCCAUGCUCGAUUGGGUAAAGAAGAUGCACGAAGAAAAGAGGCUCAAUGCGCUUGUGGAUGAAGAGCUGAGGAACUACGAUAGGAUUGAGCUCGAGGAGAUGGUCCAAGUCGCACUCUUGUGCACUCAGUAUCUCCCAGGCCACAGACCCAAAAUGUCAGAAGUUGUUCGGAUGCUUGAAGGUGAUGGCCUGGCAGAGAGAUGGGAAGCCUCACAGCGAGCAGAGGUGCAUAAGCUUAAGGCGUCUGAGUGCUCGUUGGAGCGCUUCUCUGACCUCACCGAUGACUUGCUUGUCGAAGCGAUGGAGCUCUCGGGGCCAAGGUAAUUGGUGACAGCCACAAACAUAAAAGAUCUUAAUUGGUUCUUGGUGCGCGAAAGAGCUUGUAUAGAAUAUAUAGCAUAGAAUUAGUUUGUGAUGGGUGAAUUUGUUCAUGAUUGCGUGUUGAAAGUUAAACUCAUGUAAUAACAAGUCGUUUCUUGUGGGAAUUAUGUGCUAAAAGCUCUUGUUGAAACACUUCAAAGUUGAAUGCUUCAUUAAGUGACCAAAGCCACACUUUAAAUUA